UAAAAUGAUUCAAGUCAAAAUGUCUUGUUAAAUAAGAGAAAUCGUGCAAUUUGUGCAUUUAACUAAAACAUAAACAUUUAAAAGAACCCAUCAGUAUGGCAUCACUCGCGUGACAUUUAACGCGCGCGCAAAACUUCUUGUCGGUUGUUCUCUGUAAACGCGCCGCGUGCUAAGUGGGCAGGGCGGGCUGUGAUAUCUAAUUAGGCGACGGGCUUCGUGGUUGGGUGGACAGCUAAUGGUAGUUCGCCUUUACUUAUGUUUGGGGGGCGGCCCUGCGCACGCAGUCACUCCCUCCUCCUCCUCCCUUUGGGGUUAGUUUGCUUGUGUUUAGUUCCCAGAGACAGUCAAAUCGGAUUCCUUUGGGAAAGGACACAAAUCACUCCCGUUUGAACAAGGGGAGCAGCGAGGGAGCUGUCUCCACACGGGUCCACCUCUCUGCUUGAUUUCAUAUUGCUCAUUCAUGUGAUUUGAUCAGAGAACAGUCUUUGUGGAGAAAAGAGAGAAAGAAAGGAGGAGAAAAUAAAAAAAAUUGUCUGUGGAUGAUGACAUUUGAUCUAACACUCGUUCUUGUUCCUAUUGUUUCUUAAAGUGACAUAUAGACUCUUUCUGCCAAGGUAGACCAAAGGGACCUCCAGUCUGAUCUUACGCGCCCCUUACAGUUUUUUGUUUGUUUGUUCUUGUACCUGGAUGUUGACAGCUCGCGUUUCUUUUGGCGCGUCGCUCCGUUUUCUUUUUCACAGAGGAAGCGCUAAUAGAGACAAACACGGUGACACCUGCUCACCCGUAUACUCCCGGUUAUCUUUUAUACGGAGCGAUCAAAACAAGCGAGCACCGACCGAGGCGGUGACAGGAAAAGUCUGUUUUCAUGUUCGGGAUUCAAGACAGCAUUCAAAGGAGCGGGAGUAGUAUGAAAGAGGAGCCCAUCGGUGCCGGGAUGAACGCUGUCCGGACAUGGAUGCAGGGUGCCGGAGUGUUGGAUGCGAACACAGCCGCUCAGAGUGGAGUGGGUCUUGCUCGAGCACACUUUGAGAAACAGCCUCCUUCAAAUCUUCGCAAAUCCAACUUCUUCCACUUCGUUUUAGCUCUCUACGACAGACAAGGACAACCCGUGGAAAUUGAAAGAACUACUUUUGUUGGAUUUGUUGAAAAAGAAAAGGAAUCUACCGGGGAAAAGACAAACAAUGGGAUCCAUUACAGAUUGCAGCUUCUUUACAGCAACGGCAUCAGAACAGAACAGGACUUUUAUGUACGCCUGAUUGACUCCAUGACUAAGCAGGCAAUCAUCUACGAAGGUCAAGACAAAAACCCAGAGAUGUGCCGGGUGUUGCUGACGCACGAGAUCAUGUGCAGCCGCUGCUGUGACAAGAAAAGUUGUGGCAACCGUAAUGAGACGCCCUCUGACCCGGUCAUCAUUGACAGGUUUUUUCUAAAAUUCUUCCUGAAAUGCAACCAGAACUGUCUAAAGAAUGCAGGGAACCCGCGAGACAUGCGACGCUUUCAGGUGGUGGUGUCUACGACGGUCAGCGUGGACGGUCAUGUGCUGGCUGUGUCCGAUAACAUGUUUGUACACAAUAACUCUAAACACGGACGCAGAGCUCGUAGGCUGGACCCUUCUGAGGGCACACCGUCAUACCUGGAACACGGUGAGUCCUCUCCCUGCAUUAAGGCCAUUAGUCCCAGUGAAGGCUGGACGACAGGAGGUGCAACAGUCAUCAUUAUUGGAGAUAACUUCUUUGACGGCCUACAGGUCAUAUUUGGCACAAUGCUGGUCUGGAGUGAGCUCAUAACCCCUCACGCCAUUCGAGUUCAGACUCCUCCCAGACACAUUCCCGGGGUCGUGGAGGUCACUCUGUCCUACAAGUCAAAACAGUUCUGCAAAGGUACACCGGGCAGAUUCAUCUACACAGCACUGAAUGAACCCACUAUUGACUACGGUUUCCAGCGGCUACAGAAGGUCAUUCCCCGACACCCAGGCGAUCCCGAGCGCUUACCAAAGGAAGUGAUUCUGAAGAGGGCAGCAGACCUGGUUGAAGCUCUAUAUGGGAUGCCACACAAUAAUCAGGAGAUCAUCCUGAAAAGAGCAGCAGAUAUCGCAGAGGCGCUUUACAAUGUCCCACGGAGUCACAACCAGCUGCCAGGUUUGGCCAACAGUUCAGUCCACGCUGGCAUGAUGGGAGUGAACUCGUUCCAUAGCCAGCUCGCAGUCAAUGUGUCUGAGUCCGCACAAGCAGCCAAUCAGGGUUUUAGUCGGAACACAAGCAGUGUUUCUCCUCACGGCUAUGUGCCCAGCUCAACACCCCAGCAGGGCAGCUACAGUACCGUCUCUACCAGUAUGAAUGGAUACGGUAACGCAGGCAUGACUACACUGGGAGGAUCACCCAACUUCCUCAACGGAUCUGCAGCUAACUCUCCUUACGCCAUCGUUCCUUCCAGUCCCACCAUGGCCUCCUCCACCAGUCUUCCCUCCAACUGCAGCAGUUCCUCAGGCAUCUUCUCUUUCUCUCCAGCCAACAUGGUGUCUGCGGUUAAACAGAAGAGCGCUUUUGCUCCCGUCGUGCGGCCCCAGGCCUCGCCGCCCCCCACCUGUACCAGCGCCAAUGGGAAUGGACUACAAGUAGAUCAAUCUUUCGUGGACUCUAGCAAGUACUCCACCGCCAGCUCCCUGCAGGGACUGGCAUUUUCCUGAAUGAUCCCAGGGAUGAUUGUUCCUCCCAUGUAGGGGCUUCUGGGCUGCAAAAGAGGCACAUUUGAUUUCAGCUCUUACCAGAGAAUCUGAAGGUCUGAGCUGAAGGCAGUUGCUGGUGGAGAAGAAACCCGAACUUUCGAAAACUCAGGCCCUUUUAAAAAAGGAAUCUCAUUUUAUGGGAAGAAAGCGUUUGUUUGUUUGCUUUUGUUUUUAAGCUAAUUUCUGGACUGAUCUGCAGAAGGACAUUUCCCCAUGUUUUACCCGUGCAGAAGAGAAGGACGGAUCUCCUUUUGAUUUUAUUCAUAGGCUUUUUUGAUGAAUUUAUGCCUUUUUUACGGACUGUAUUAUGUGUAUGAGAAAUAUGACACUUUAGGAGUGGGUGCAUCGUAAUGUUUCUUGAGAGCUGGCUGUUGUGCAGCAGUGAUGGGCGAUGGCACAGAUCUCUGUUAAUACCGACCAGUUUUUUUAUAUAAGCAAGUACGUUUCAAAUUGUGCAAAAUCCAAGAAACACAAGCAUCUCAGCAUUCAGAAAUGAGAAGAUGUGGGCCAACUGCUUAAACACAGAAAACAAGAAGGGGAAUUUUGCCCCAGGGAGAAGCCAACAAAUAGUUUGCCAUAAUUUUGAUUGUUUUGUUUCAAAGUUAAAUCAAAGCGCCAUACUCAGUUCCCUAGCAUAAUUUUUGAGCAAACAGUCAAACACGAAGCAUCUGCGUACCAGCCGGUUUAUAUGGUUAUGAUGGAGGAAAGCUAUUUAAUUAAAAGUUGUCAUUUCAGAGAAGAGUCCUGUUGAAAUAUGAAUCAAAUUUAUGUAUUUAUGUUAGUGCAAAUAUCUGAUAAAGAGAGAUAUGCAGUAAAUAAAAUGUGCUGAAGUACAAAAGCUGCCAGUUGCCAUUUCAUGUUUUUUUUUAAACUAGGAUUUGUAUGAGUGUUCAAAGAAUGUGAUGACAUGAAAUUUUUUUUUAUCUUUGAUUUGCUUUGUUUAUGAAAAUAUGAAACUGUGAUAUACAUUUGAUGUGUUUUUUUGCUGUGUGGCUAGUGAAGGAUAUAGGUAAAUGAAGUAUAAGAAUACUAUUUCAGAGCCGACUGUUAAAACAAAGCCCCCCCCACUUCCCUUUUGUGUUUCUUUGGGUUAUUUUGAGGGACACAACUUGAAUUUAGCAAAAUAUGUUCAUGUUUAGAUACCAAUGUGUCAAACACCCAACAUAAAGAAGUUUUUUUAGUCAACUUCUGUUGCCAAACUUUUAUUUGUUUAAUGAUAGCUAAAGGCAGCUUAUAACACUGACAACAAAAUUUCACGAAAUCUGCUCAACUUCAGCAAACUACACACAAUGAACGUGGAUUCUGGAUAAAAGAGGGGAAUCUCUGUAAAAUAUCCAUAUAAAUAAUGUAUGUAUAUCCAGACUUUGUAUAUUGCUUUUCUCCCCAACUUUUUUUUUUGUAAGGUCUCUUGUGAUAAUUUGCCCAUAUGUUCACUUUCAUCAUCCAGCCUGCUUUUUAUUAUAUGUUCAUGUUUGCAUUUUGGUCCAUGUUUUGUAUCAUGUGCUUGGCUUCCAUUUUUUUUUUAAUUCGUAAAAAAGCCAUUGUCUAUUUUUGUAUAAUUUGUAAGUUAAAAAGCAAUUGUUUUCCUUUUGAAGAUUUUAAUGUAUGGCAAAAACGUAGCAUCUCACAGCAUUUAGUUAUGUAGAUUUUUUAAAUAUAUAUAAAUAUAUAUAUAUAUAUGAUGAAUAUAUAAAUCUAUAUCUUUUCUUUGAGGCUUACAGAACCUGUACUAUUGUAAUAAUAUGCAUGGGCUCUUCUAUGAGAGUGAUGGUUUUAUUUUGUGUGUCAAACCUAGAAGGACGUUUUGAUGAAGUUUUAAUAUACAAUACUUUAUUUUCUUCUUUUUUCCCCUCUUUUUAUUUAUCUAAUUAUUUAUGCCUGCUUAUAGAUCUAUCUGUUCUAUUUUCUAUUUCAUGCAUAUCAGUACCAGCAGUAUAGAUGCCUUAACAAUGCAAACCCAUAAGCGUACAAUCACUUGUACAGAUUUUUCAACCAUCACUAACAGAAACCACAGAGCUCCUUAAGGGAAUAGCCUUCCCGACAGGAAAAGCACAAAUUGGUUGGUUUUACCUAAAAGCUGUUAUGAGAAGCAUUUUUUAGAUGUUUGUAUAUGAAGGACAAUGAGAGGGAACUUUGUAUUUGAAGGAAUCGAAAAUAUGACUUUCUUGUUAAUUUAACGCCUUUUAUUUUUUCAGUAAUGUUUUAGUAAUGUCCGCCACAUUCAAGAAAGGGGGAAGCUAAAAGCCAUAUUUAGUGGAAGCUCGGAUGGUGUUACACUUUAGCUAUAGGUGCACGUGACCCUGUGGGCCCUGCAGCACGCUAUGCAGUCGACAUAUUUCUCACCCUAAACUUCAGAGCACAAUGCCUUGGCUCAAGGACAGAGAUGCUGAUGCUGCCCAGUCUGUAACACCAGUUAAUAUCACCAAUGAAAUCGUAAAUGAUCAAGCUUCAGGGGUCUUUUAUGAAUGAUUUAAGUAGUGUCAUUCUGUCACGUGUGUGUCUGCAAUCUGCCAUCUAACCAGGAAAGUGGCUUUUAAUAUGCUGGUGUGUGGGGUAUUCUCUAAUGUUAUAACUCUAUAGAAGGGAAGAGAUGGAUUUUUCUUUUUUCUUUUAAGUGAAUUGGCUGACACAAGGAUUACUUUGUUAGUGGCUCCAUCAUAGUGAUUAAGAUGAGCUUCUGAUAAAGCAACAAGCAUUUGAUAGGAAACAGAACUCAAACCAAAAAGCUGGUCUCUUUUUCUGCCUUCUAUUCCUGUGUUUGUUUGUUUGUUUUUAUUUUAUUUUUGACUGGAUACACACUGAACCGUUCUAUUGAUAGGAAAACUCAAGACAAAAACUACUGUAUAGAUUGUUAUCAUUUUUUGAUGAAAGUUGUAAAAUAACUUUUCAAAGUUCACAAUAUUAAAUUAAAGUUCUUCUUGUCUGUGA